UGUCAUAACAGUCCCGCCGGGCCGGGAGGCAAUCGCCAUGGAAACCCGGUCCCGCCCCAGGCCCCGGUCCCGCCCCUGCCCCCCGGGAGAGCGGCGGGGCCUGGGCGCAGCAUGGCACGCGGCUGCCGCUGCGCCUGAGCGGCUCGGACGCGCCCCGGCGGCGGCGGCGGCGGCACCCGCCCCAGGCGCUCUCUGCGCGGGCACGGCCAGAGAGGCCCGGACGUGUUGCCAUGGCCGAGGAGGCCGCCGCGGCGUGCUUCAGCGAGGAUGACUUUUACUGUCCCGUCUGCCAGGAGGUGUUCAAAACGCCCGUGAGGACGAUGAACUGCCAGCACGUGUUUUGCAGGAAGUGCUUCUUGACAGCUAUCAGAGAAAGUGGAACACAUUGUCCUCUCUGCCGGGGGAGUGUGACUAAAAAGGAAAGAUCAUAUCCCAAAAGGGCUCUAGAUGUUGAAAACAAUAUGAAGAAAGCUUCUGGGGGCUGUAGAUGCUGUGAAAAGCAGGUUAGGUUUUCAUGGAUGAGGCAGCAUUAUAAAACGUGUAAGAAGUAUCAGGAUGAAUACGGUGUUUCUUCUAUUAUACCAAACUUACAGAUUUCCCAAGAUUCAACAGGGAACAGCAGGAGUGAUACAAUAUCUGAUAAUGGAGAGAGGGCUAAUAAUCAGACACUUCAAGGAGAUACAAGUGGACAUCCAACCUUCAAAUGCCCCCUGUGUCAGGAAGCCAAUUUUACUAGACAGCGCUUGCUGGACCACUGUAAUAAUAGACACCUUUAUCAGAUAGUUCCUGUAAUCUGUCCUAUUUGUGUAUCUCUUCCUUGGGCAGAUUCUAACCAGGUUACAAGAAAUCUUGUUAGUCAUCUAAAUCUAAGACAUCAGUUUGACUACGGAGAAUUUGUGAAUCUUCAGCUUGAUGAAGAAGCCCAGUACCAAAAUGCAGUUCAAGAAUCCUGUCAUGUGAACUUUUAAAGUAUAGAUCCCCUUCAACUUACUGAUUAUCUGAGGGGGAAAAGCUACAUGAAUUCUCUUGGUAAUAUGAAAUGUAUAUUAAUAAAAAUGGAAUUCAGUAAGUAGUUUUCAGGUUUAAUUUUUCCACACUAAUAAGGAAUUUUCAUAAACAAUUAAGUGAUGUUUUUACUGAGUUCUGUCCCUCUGGAAUUAGGGACCUUUUUGAAACUUCUCACUGUUGUCUUGAUUGUCUUUAACUUUUACUACCCUGUUAAUUAUAUAAUUUCUUUUUAUUAAUUCCAGAUGUUUUAAUUCACCAAUGACAACUUUGAGAAUAAUAUCUUUAGAAGUCAGUAAAGAUGCUCUAUUGCACUAUUUUUUUUAAGUUCAGUUUCCAUCUGCGAAGAUAGCUCUGAGAUGAUGAUUUUUUUCCUCCUCCCACCUGAUGACAAAUAUUUGUUUUGAUAUUGUGAUUUGUUUUUUACUGUUACUAUGUGAAUGAAAAUAAAUGGGGCCAAGUUAUAAAGUCAAAAUAUUUGCUUUCUGUAGAUCAGUAGUGCAGAGUAGGUUUCUUUCACAUCUCUUAAAGAAAAAACGAUGCUAUAACCCAGGAAUAAUUAAAUCUAUUUUUUCCCCCUCUUGGAACAUAACUGAAGUUGGACACUUGCAGGCUGAACGGGUAGGUGAGAAGUUUUCUCUGUGCCUCCAACUAAUAAGGAAGAGAAUUGCCCUGACAUACUCCUUUCUGAACAAGUCAAGAUGACAUGCAAAUAUAAAAAAGGUGUACUUUUGGGGGGGGACGAGGAGGAAGGAGUAUACAAAUAUGAUCAGCUAAUUUUUCAUUUUAUUCAAACUUUUCAAAGAAUUUCUAUUGUUGCAUAAGAAAUUCAAGUCUUGGUCUUUUCCAUCUUUCAUGGAAGACUGUACCUAGAAAACUAAUUGGCUUAAGACCUACCAACACUCAGACAUGAACUCGUUUGUUACAGUAAGACUGUUUAAAACUUGGGCAUCUUACUGCAUCUAAAGGCCCCAAAAAAACAGUUGAGAAGAAAAGCUUUCCUUGAAGUAGUUAUCUGCAUAUUUUGAGUUCCUAUUUUAGAUUUCCACAUUCUCAGCAAGAACCUCAGUAAAAUCAGAAAAACAUAUCACUUCUAAUGAAAAAUCCUUUUAAAAGAAUCUUCAGGCUUUUUUCUAAUAGUUAGGGAGGGAAGGGGAAAAAAAGCUGCAAUGAUUACUUUUCAGUGAGGGGUGUGUAUGUGCAUGUGUACACGCACGUGUGCAGGUGUGCGUCUUUUCAGAUUGGCUUUCAUGGGGCCUGGAAAUUUUCCAUCCAUGGUAAAAGUAAAUUGUCCUGAAUGUGUAUUCUGUUGGGAUUCACUCUUCAUCCUGCAUCAUUAUUGCCCAUUCUCAAGCUGUUACUCUUAAUGGGUAUUGUGUACAUGGUGAAGAAUAUAUCCAGUAACUUUCCUACUCUGGUGAUUUAUGUGUGAUAAUAUUACCCAUGCAGCAGAAGUGCAAUCUGCUUUUUGUGGCCUGGCUCCUCUUUGAUCUCCAAACAGAAGUUUGGAUUAUUCUUUAAAUAUUAGAAUAUUUCGUAUUUCAAAACUGGCGAGGUUGAAACACACCAUCCUGCAGUAUAAUGGGUUUCAGAACAGAAUUUGGUUAUAGUAUGUUGUGAAUGUUGGAACUAAAACACUAUACACUGUAACGUUAAAUUUCUGUCCUCUGUUUUUAAGAGUGACUAAAAACACAGAGAAAAUGAACUUUUCAGAGAUGUCUUAAGGCUGUAUCCUUUUUAUAACAACAUGCCCAAUACUUUAUUAUUGACUAAAAUGAUAGCCUGCUGCCAAAAUAUCAUCUGAUUUUUUUUAUUAUUUUUUUUUUUACUACUCCUUCUCUGUUUGCCCCCCGUAUUCUUUUCUGUGUCUUUUCAUGCAUCUGUCAGCUGUAGUUUUUGUGUGACCAUGUACUGAUUUAGAGUGGUUCACUGAUCCAGCUGCAAAGUUUGUUUGGAUUCCUUAUUUUUUCUUUUCCUCUAUAAAGCCAACUAUGAAAUAGUGCCCUUAGACAGAAAGGAAUUUCAAGGUAACCUGAUGGUCAAGUUUUAACUUUUUAAAAUAAAAACACAUACCAUGGUAAUUUUAUUACUGUAUGCAUUUCCUAAGGAAUUUAAUAGUUACAUGUAAGUUUAGUUAACUUUUUUAGAUUCAAUAAAAUAUUUAUAUGAUGUGGCAAUAAAUGCCUACAGCCAAUACAGAUUUAGAACACCUGAUUGACACUGGAACUAGUUAUUUCUGUUACUUGAACAUAUCUUGAGAACUGCAGAUGAAAUUACAUCUAUUUUAAAACUCUGGGAAACAAAUUUUUCUAUAGCAAUAAUUAGUUGUCACUUGAUGCAUAGUUGCUGAAAUAGCAUUUUAGUUAUGUUUAGAUGUUGAGAGACUUGAAUGCACAUUUAAAGCAACAAAUGUAUAUAAAUGCAAUAUAAAAAACAAAACUUCAUGUCUGGAAAAUGUUUAUCUUUUUUAUUUGCAUAUGUAAUUUGCAUCCAAUCUGUAUUGGCAGGCACUGCCUUCCUUAAUAUUUUAUUACUUCUACUAUGAAGCGAUUGCAUCCAGUACAUUUACUAGGUAAGCGUUUAAUGAAAAUGAAACAAUCUGAUUAAAUAUGCUGCUGCUGUUCAUGAUCUGUCUCACUGAAGCUCAAAUGUGCACAAAAAGCUGUGUAUUUGUAGUGGGUGAUGCUUGUACUGAAAACACACAACUUUCACUGGAAGUUUGCUGUUGAGCAAUGUUUUCAUGUUCCAUUGUGUAUGGUUUCAAUAUAGUAUAUUAUGUUUGAAUUGUAUUUUCUAUUUUUUCUCCUAUUAAAGUAUUUUAUUUUC